AUAAUUACUAACCUAUUGACAGAGGCUAAAGAAGUAAAAUAAAUCAAAAUGUAAACAAAUCAUCAAUAAUGUCGUACUGUCGAUCAAAGACUUAAUAAAACAGUUUCAAUAAUAAAAAAAGUACUCGGAAGAAUGUAACGACUUGAUUAAAUCCACAUGAACAACGUUGACUCACGUAAACAAGGUACUGUUUGUAAUUCAUAAUCAAGGAAUAGAAUUGAUCGAUUUACAUUUCGUCAGUUAUUGACUUAAUUGGUGGUCGGAGAGGAAAAAGUAUCAGUGCAUGGUGCGUUGCGACCACAGGCAGCCGUUCGGCGGCCCCGGUGCAAGUAUAUGGUGUUAAAGCUCAGUGUGUAUUAAUUUCGGGGCACCGUAGUGUGGCUCAGCAUUGAGCAGCGAGCUCAGUAGUUAGUACUCAGUCAAUUGUAUUGCGGUAUGUGCGACGAUCGGUCGCGCUCGCCUCUCCCGCCCGCCGCCGCUCGCGCCGAUCUCACCACAACACAAAAAUGACGUUGACACCAAUCACAAGCUGACGGUCGCUUUACAGUUCAAAACUCAAUAUGUGCUGUGCAGGAUUUACGAAUUAUCUGUUCCAUAAACUAAGGAAGUACACAUGUGGACUUGCCAGCCGCGAAAGCGACGCCGAUAUGUCGCUGAAGCAGGGCAGCGGCACCGGCAAGGUCCACUUCGGUGGCUUGGACGAUGUGUCCCUGUACGGCACACCCGUGGAGCCCGCACCCCCGGCCCCCGACGCCAAGCAGCAGGGGUUCCUGCGCAACCAGCUGCAGGCCCUCUUCCAGCCCACCGACAACAAACUCGCCAUGAAGCUCUUCGGCUCCAAGAAGGCCCUCAUGAAGGAGCGUAUAAGACAGAAGGCGGCGGGGCAUUGGGUCAUCCAUCCGUGCAGUAGCUUCAGAUUCUACUGGGAUCUUUGUAUGCUACUGUUAUUGGUGGCCAACCUCAUCAUUUUACCCGUCGCCAUCUCCUUCUUCAACGAUGACCUCAGCACGCGAUGGAUAGCCUUCAACUGUCUAUCGGACACCAUAUUUCUUAUAGAUAUCGUUGUUAAUUUUAGAACAGGAAUUAUGCAGCAAGAUAAUGCAGAACAAGUGAUAUUAGAUCCAAAGUUAAUAGCGAAGCACUAUUUGAGGACAUGGUUCUUCCUUGACCUCAUCUCUAGCAUACCACUAGAUUAUAUAUUCCUAAUCUUCAAUCAGGUAAACGAUUUUAGUGAAAGCUUUCAAAUUCUUCACGCCGGUCGAGCUCUCAGGAUACUACGGUUAGCAAAACUUUUAUCGCUGGUACGACUGCUAAGACUUUCCAGGCUCGUCAGAUAUGUGUCACAAUGGGAGGAAGUAUAUAUCUUGCAGAAUCUUCAAAAAAAGCGCACGGAAAGAAGGGGAAGGCUCAGCUCCGACGUCGCCAAAAAGAAGGGUGACACCAAAAGCAAUCUGAUUUUUAAGUUCCUCAAUAUGGCGUCUGUGUUCAUGCGGAUAUUCAACCUCAUCUGCAUGAUGUUGUUAAUCGGGCACUGGUCCGGAUGCUUACAAUUUCUCGUCCCAAUGCUCCAGGGAUUUCCUCCAAAUUCAUGGGUAGCAAUAAAUGAAUUACAGGAUGCUUUUUGGCUCGAACAAUACUCUUGGGCGCUAUUCAAGGCGAUGUCCCACAUGCUGUGCAUCGGGUACGGACGGUUUCCUCCGCAGUCGCUGACGGACAUGUGGCUCACAAUGCUCUCCAUGAUUUCAGGCGCGACUUGUUAUGCCUUAUUCCUCGGUCACGCUACUAAUCUUAUUCAGAGUCUUGACUCAUCAAGAAGACAAUACCGUGAAAAGAAACUCGACGUAAAACAAGUAGAAGAAUAUAUGGCAUACCGAAAACUACCUCGUGAAAUGCGUCAAAGAAUCACAGAAUACUUCGAACACCGAUACCAAGGGAAGUUCUUCGAUGAGGAAUUGAUUCUAGGCGAGCUGAGUGAAAAGCUACGAGAAGACGUCAUCAAUUACAACUGCCGGUCACUUGUAGCUUCAGUACCAUUUUUUGCAAAUGCUGAUUCUAAUUUUGUCUCAGACGUUGUUACAAAAUUACGUUAUGAAGUCUUCCAGCCAGGCGACAUCAUCAUCAAAGAAGGAACCAUCGGUAAUAAAAUGUACUUCAUUCAAGAAGGUAUCGUGGACAUCGUCAUGGCCAACGGCGAGGUUGCGACGAGCCUCUCCGAUGGCUCCUAUUUCGGUGAAAUUUGUCUUCUGACCAACGCCCGGCGAGUCGCUUCCGUCCGCGCCGAAACCUACUGUAAUCUCUUCUCGUUAUCCGUGGACCACUUUAAUGCGGUGCUAGAUCAGUAUCCUCUGAUGCGGCGGACCAUGGAGAGCGUGGCCGCCGAGAGGUUGAACAAGAUCGGGAAAAACCCGAACCUGGUUGCGCACCGGGAAGACGACACAACGUCGGAGGGGAACACUAUUAACGCGGUAGUGAAUGCGCUGGCGGCAGAGGCUGAGCACGUGAGCUUGUCGGACGACAGCGUGGCGCGGCUGUCGGAGCGCUCGCUUGGGCUUGCGCUGCAGCCACUGCAAGCCGCGUCGUGCCGCAUGGCUGGCGUGGCGCUUCCGGGACUUGGCGUGGCAGCCGCUCUGCCGCGCCCCAAGUCUGAGCACGACUUCAGCGCAGCACCGCCGCUGGCCAGCGCGGCCGCCUUCCACAAGUCGGACGCCGGCAUCGCCCCCUGACGCCGCACGCUGUGCUAGGCCAAGGCCAGACCGAUAGCAAUACUAGGCUUAGUGCGAGCGCGCGUCGCCUCGCUAGUUGUAGCGUAGACACGAGUAUUAUAGCUGCGACUUCGCCGGGCGCGCGCCCACCGCGCCCGCUGAAUCUCAUUUUGUGAUCUUAUACUUAAUUCUCCUGUGUUAUAAUUUAGGUUAAAUUUUAUAUCAUUGACGCUGCGAGGAAGCGGAUACGCGAAGUAUUCCGGUUGUAUAGAUAUACCUGUUAUUAUAUUGAAGGACGAAACUAUUGAGUCUUUAUAGAGAUACCUUGCCACUAAAGAGAUGAUUAAUUAUAUAGACUAGACUGAAAUGUAAAGAUAUCACUAUUUUAUGCUCUGUUGGCGUACGAAAUAGACCUAUAUUGUUGACGGAUGCGUUAUGAUUCGUUCGCGGAAAUAUGAACGUUGUUAAUGUAAUGUAAAACGUUCCCGAUGUAACGAUUACGACGUUAUUAUAUAUUUGAAUUGUUGAUAAGUAUGUAAAGUGUGGAGCGUAGAAGAGUGUAGAUCGUUGCGCGGCUGCGCGUCGUCCGGGGCGCCGCGCCCGGUGCAUUAAGACAAACCCUCAAACUGUGCCAUACCUGAUACGUUACGCGGGCGCACGAGCGGAGGACGCGCGGUGAUCGCGCCGCACAAGCGACGCACAAUGUAACAAACCUCACGUUUCCAUAGCACACGGACGCUUUCUUAUUUUUAUUAAUAUUAAGUAGUAUAACUACCGAUAUCAGACCUACCGUUUGUCUCGGUUUCCUAAGUAGAGGUGGAUCAGUAGAGCUUCGAACCGUUUCUUUAUGUAAAUAUUGUAAUAUUAACAAGGAUUCGCCUUUAGUGUGGUUCGUUUUAUAGAAGUGAUAGGGGGACGCUCGUGGGAGCAGUCCAGUCAAUUAUCGCGAGCUCGUCUCGUUUUUUCGAUGCACCACAACACUUCGUACCUUGUUUUAAUUGUAGGUGAAAAUAAUUUAUUGUCGAUAGUGAUCAUUUAGUAUGAGUAAGUAGGCCGGAGCGAUAACAAAUUCGGACGAAUUACGGUUAUGUGACAGAGCAGCAGUGGCUGCGACUUGCGAGCGCGACCUCUGCCGGCUCGGCGAUACUCGACACGUCUCCACCCCUCGUGGAGUAUACACAUGCAUGAACGACGCUUGUUACUUCUAUCUGGAUUGAAAUCUUACUUUUAUUCUAUAUUAUAGAGAUUUUUUCUGCGAUUAGUGGUUUGAAAGCACUUCACGAACUUUUAACUUUCUUAGCAAUAAAUAGAUGAUUGCAACGAUUAACAUAUCCCUACGGUUAGAGUAGAGUAGUCGUUGAGCCGACCGCCGCCGGCGCCGCAUCUUUGGCACGUUUCAUCGUUGACUAAUUCUUAUAGGGCCUUAUUAAAGAACGUGGCAUAAAGUCGGAACAGUUAUGCAGUGUUUGUCACUUCAACUGACAGCUUUCAGCAUGUCAGAGAGUGAAAGAACACUGCACACCUAUUCCGACCUGACGCCACGCUUAGUAAUAAAGCCAAUAGUAUCAUGACAAUUUGUGAAAAAUAAAUUUUUGCAAAUGUUGACUUUUUAGCCAAAAUAAUAUAUAUAGUUAAUGAAUGACGAACCAAUACGCAGUAGCUUAUUAGUAGAAGAAUGCAGCCUAGUUCUCAGUUUUGGCGACUAAACAACAACAAACACACACUUUGUACUCGAAUAUAUUUAUAAAUGUAAUAAUCCCAUAUUGUAAGUUAACAAGUUGACAAACGUUAAGUCAGAGUUACGUUAAUUUGUCAAAUUUCUUUGGAGUUCUCAAAUCAAAAGUUUAACAGUACCUAAAUAUAAAAAGACAAAGGGGUGUGAAUAUUUAAAGCUUACUUGUUCGUCCACCAUAAUUAUUUAUUUCCAAAAUAGCGGCGACGCAAUAAACCUAUGGUAAUAGAUAGCUGGCAUCAAAACAAAUAAGUAUUAAAUAAAAUUAAAAUCGCCUAAAGUGUUCGAAAUAUAUGCUACCAAAGUUUAAUAAUGGUGCCAACAGUUAUUAAUAAAAACUAAAAUUAAACGCAUCUACAAAUUGCUUCUAAAGUAUCUUUUUUCGUUUAUUCAAGUCUACUUAAUAGGUAGAUUUACCAUAAAGCCUAAAAGUGGUAAGGAAAAACCAACAUAAAACUCAGGAUAUACCACCCAUUCCAUAUUAUUAAACUUUGAAGGUUAAUCCUUUGUUAAACUAGUAUUGGAUUCCCGUAAAAUUAUAUUUCAUAGCCAAUUUGGAUAUAGAAUUUUAGGUUUUGACAUCUACAAAACUUGAGUUUUGUAGAUUUUGGUGUUUUAGUAUGCUUAUUUCUGUUUAUCUAUUAUUUAUGUUUAUAUCGAUUAAUAUUUAUCCGUGGCCGCUAGUUUAGGAAAAAAUCAAAAUGGCGGACAGUGGAUAAGCCAGACUCCAUACUAAAAUAUUCAAAUCACUUUCGCUCACGCCGCCGUGACGUUUGUUGACUCGAAAAUUUACAUUAUGGGCACUGUUAAUCUAAACAGAGUGACGCCUGUCAAUUUAUCUACAAAAAGAGGAUAUAAUUGCGUUUUACCCCAGAGGCAUUUAUUUAUUGUUAUUUUAUCUAACCACAGAUCUAACAUUACCGCUUUUGUAAAUUAUAUAAAUUUUAUAGGAGAGAUCUAUUUUUAUUGUGAAGUUGACCGGCUGAUUAUAAGCAAAGAGAAACCUAUAUUAAAUCGAGAGUUUUUUUUAUUGAUACUGUUAAUUAUUAAAUAGUUAUAUUAUUAUACUGAUUUCUGGUAUCUAUUUUCACCAAAAGUGCUCAUCGCUGUCAAAAAAAUUAGAGGAAAUGCAUUAAAGAAUGAGAAAAAGA